GCCGAUAUCAAAACAAUGCGCGCAUUUUCUACAGGUUGAACUGCUGGAGCUUCUUUUCAUACUGCUCUGACUUUCUCGACUACCCAAGAUCUUCCAGCUAUCAAAGACCUCAAAAGAGUCACUCUUCCACGCGUAUUCGAAGCCAACAGGACUUCUGUAGCACGAGGGCGCAACAACACCAAGAACUUGGUUCAGCCAAGAACCGCAUGCUAGAACUGGAAUCGGAUUGUGAUCAGCUCUAGAACCACAAUUUGAGGCGCGCGAUGGUGUUUAGUGAGCGGGAGACGGCUCACUUGAGGGCGGCACUGCAAGAAGCAGUGGUAAAAUGCUCGGAACGAUGUCUCUACCAAUCUGCGAAAUGGUGCGCUACAUACACACAAUCGGCCGAGUCUCUACUAAUACAUGCAAAGGGCCGCAGAACUCCUCACCUCGAUACCUGCUGCAGCUGAGCCAGAUGAACCCGAGGACUCGCAGAUGACCGAAGUCCCCAGUGAGGGUGUUCCUCCCAUUGUCGUGAGCGGAAACUCGGAUCCAGACGAAGCGCUGCUGGAAGCAAAAGAAAUAAACCAGUACCUAUUGGCAAAGUCCUUUUUCGAUUGUCGAGAGUACGACCGAUGCGCAGCUGUCUUCCUCCCAGAUACAGUAUUAUCCGGAAUAUUAUCUACAAGUUCGUCAACUCCAGCGCAAAAAACAGCAAAUAAUAAAGGAAAGGGAAAAGCACCAGCGUCGGCUCAAAAAAGCAGUACUGGGACACCUUCUAUGCCGCGUUUGAGCCAGAAGAGUCUAUUUUUGACUUUAUACGCAAAAUUCAUGUCGGGGGAAAAGAAAAAGGAUGAGGAUAGUGAAAUGGUCAUGGGCCCUCAUGAUGGUGGGACUGCGAUAAACAAACAACUGGUUACCAUAACCAGAUUUUUACAGACCUGGUUUGAAGAAAGGACAAACGAAGCGGGCGAGGUAGUAGGAAGUCAAGGUUGGCUGGAAUAUCUGUAUGUUGACAUUCCCGGACCUUGAAGUUUACUAACAAGCGAAGUUAUGGUAUGGUGCUCUCAAAAGACAAAAGCGAAGAAGAAGCCAUGCGCUGGCUGAUGAGAAGUGUCCAUCUUUUCCCUAUGAAUUGGGGGUGCUGGCUAGAGAUGACUUCCUUAAUUGGACGAAUAGAAGAUGUUUGUGACCCAUCUCACUAGUAAACUCAGAACUAAUGAAAUCACAGCUCAAUCGCAUCGCACAGCACCUACCACAAAACAUCGUUUCGUUUAUCUUCCACUUACACACUUCACUGGAGCUAUACCAAUCGACACCUACACUCUCGAAUUCGUUAGACCAGCUUCUUUCUAUAUUCCCGACCAGCCCAUUCCUUUUGACAUGCUUAGCACUUCUUGCAUAUCAUACGAAAGAUUUCGUUGCCGCCGACGCUCAUUUUAGCAACCUACUCGCCCUUCAUCCUCAUCGGCUCGAUUCUUUAGACCAUUAUUCCAACAUUCUUUAUGUCAUGAACUUACGACCAAAACUCUCGUUUCUAGCCCAUCUAUGUACCACCAUCGAUAAAUUUCGCCCCGAAUCAUGUGUUGUUGUUGGGAAUUACUAUUCUCUGCUUUCUUCACACGAAAAGGCGGUGCAAUAUUUCCGACGUGCCUUGACCCUUGAUCGUUCAUGUCUGAGUGCAUGGACCCUCAUGGGCCAUGAAUAUGUGGAAUUGAAGAACACACACGCCGCCAUUGAGUCCUACAGAAGAGCUGUCGAUGUUAAUCGGAGAGAUUACAGAGCCUGGUAUGGACUGGGACAAACUUACGAAGUUCUGGAAAUGCAUGCUUAUGCUUUAUGGUAUUACAAACGUGCAGCUGGAUUACGCCCAUGGGAUGGGAAAAUGUGGAUGGCGGUUGGAUCAUGCUUACAAAAGAUGGGACGAAAUCUAGAGGGUAUAAAAGCCCUCAAGAGAGCAUUGCUUGCGGAUAGCUAUUACGAUGCAGGAGUAGGAAGUGCAUUCGGCAGCGGAGGCCGCGAUCGCGGCGGAACCAUGGACCCAGAGAUCCUCCUUCAAAUCGCAGGAAUGUACGAAGGUCUCGACGACGAAGCCGAAGCCAGAGCAUACAUGGAGAUGUGCGUCGCCCAAGAAGAAGGAACACCCGAAGACCUAAGUUCCUCGGUCAUUAACAUCCACGCCGACUCUCAAUCCUCGGAUGACGAGACACCCAGUCGACCUCCACUUCAGCCUACAGGUGGCAGUGGAGGGGAAACCGGAAACGGAACGGGGGUUACGGCUGCGACGUCGAAGGCGAGGAUGUGGCUGGCUAAACAUGCGAUGCGGAAUGGGGAUUAUAGUAGAGCUAUGCAGUUGGCGACGGAGUUGUGUCAGGAUGGGGUGGAGGUUGAGGAGGCGAAGGCGCUUGUGAGAGAGGUGAGGGUUAGGUUGGAGGUUGGGGGGCAUGGUGGAUAG